AUGUUGUUGUACCUCGUUAGACAUGGUCAAACAGAAUUAAACGAGCAAGGUAUUGUACAAGGACAUAUGAAUCCACCUCUAUCACCACGUGGAGAAGAACAAGCAAGAAAGUUAGGCGAGUGGUUGAAACUAGUCCCUUUCACUGAAGCCUGGUCUAGUCCUCUCAAGAGGGCUGAGGAUACUGCUAAGAUCAUCUGUUCGUUCCAACCCAAAGUGAAACUUCGAACCGACGAGAGGCUGAUCACUCGAGGAGCCGGAGCUGCCCAAGGCAAGAGAUGGGAAGAGAUCGAACACAAUUUGGACGACUUUGGGAUGGAAUCAGAGGAGGACCUUGCGAAAAGAUUGCAUGAUUGGUUGAAAGUAUUGGUUGACACCCAUACACCAAUCUCUUCAACAUCAGCUACACCUAUUUCUCCCUUAUCACCUCUUUCGCCUUCUGGAACCAAUCUGGAAAGAGCCCUAAGUUCAAUAGUUGGAUUGCCCAGACCAGGUAUAUCUAGAAAUCCAAGUACUCCAGCCGGAGCUGGAAAAGGUUCAGGUAUCGUUUUGGUUGUGACUCAUCAAGAAUGUUUAUCAUCUCUCGCGCAAUUACUUACUGCAACAACUGAUCCAGCAGAGAUCAUUGGGAAAAGCCCAAUAGAUAUACACGUUCCUGAAAAUAUCGACUUUGGGCGACAAGUCGGGAAUACAAGUGUUGCGAUAUUGAGAGUUUGGUGGGAAGAUGACGGCUCCAAUGGGAAUGGGAUGGAAGCUAGAGGUAGACUAGAAGCUUGGGGGAGCGAAGAUCAUCUUCACGAGGAGUGA